UCUCCCAAACUGUCCCGGGACUCAGAGCUUCUCCCACUCCCCUCAGCUUCCUUAGGAUUUUGUUUCUCAGGGAUGGCCGCAUCUAUUCUGGAGGAAGACGCACGCUAUGGCUCCAGUCCUCUGGCUAUGUUAACUGCUACCUGUAACAAGUUUGGCAGCACAAGCCCCGUCAGGGAUUCAGCUACACCCGGAAAGACCGGCAGCACUACUCCAGUAAAGAAACCCUACAACAUGACCUCUGACCUUCAGACAGCUAAGAACGGGCGGACCGCAGACGGCAGUGGCCUGGCGGACUCCUACACUGGCUCCUUCACCACAGCUGGAGGAGGAGGCGGUGGGCUGCUUACCCCCACUGGAAGCCCCCCUCCUUCGGCCGGAGGCUACACUACAGAAUAUAACCCUUUCUCCCACUCCUUCCAGACCUCCGUCUCCCAGGAUCCGUCUCUUUUAGUGUCCAAGGCCCACGCUACGGCCGACUGCCUUACCAGUGUCUAUACCUCGCUGGAUAUGACACACCCCUAUGGCUCCUGGUAUAAAGCUGGUAUCCACCCUGGCAUUACUGCUGCUCCAGCUAAUGCCACGUCUUCCUGGUGGGAUGUCCACCCCAACUCCAACUGGCUGUCAGCAACCCAGCCCCAGACUGACGGAGGUCUCCAGGCCUCCCUGCAGCCUGUAGCACCCCAGGCCUCCCUUAGCCCACAGCUGCCCAGUUACAGCACCGACUUUACGCCACUCAACCCAGCUCCUUACCCUUCUGUGGGGCUGGGGUCCUCCUCACACCUCCUCCAGCCCUCCCAACACAUGCUGCCCCAGGACAUGUACAAGCCCAAGCCUGUGCCAAGUGCAGGGCUGAUUGAGAGUCCCAUGGGCCUAAAGCCUGGUAGGGGCUCAGGGGGCUACAGUGGAGGGGGUGCGCCCACCAGGUCCUCAUGUGACUGCCCCAACUGCCAGGAACUGGAGAGGCUGGGGGCCUCGGCUGCAUCCCUGAGAAAGAAGCCGGUCCACAGCUGCCACAUCCCAGGCUGUGGGAAGGUCUAUGGCAAGGCCUCCCACCUCAAAGCCCACCUGCGCUGGCACACUGGCGAGCGGCCCUUUGUUUGCAACUGGCUGUUCUGCGGGAAGCGUUUCACCCGCUCAGACGAACUGGAGAGGCACGUGCGCACCCACACGCGUGAGAAGAAGUUCACCUGUCUACUGUGCAACAAGCGUUUCACACGCAGCGACCACCUUUCAAAGCACCAGAAGACCCAUGCGGACUCUGCAAUGCAGGGGAAAGCUGUAGCUGUGGAGGGCGAAACAGAUCCUAGGAGCGAAGAGAACACAGAGCUCAACACCAGCGCUGUACCCACCAAUCCUGUCGCUGACCAAAUCACCAAUGGAGAUGAGAAGACUGGCACACCUAAUGGAGUGGAGAGCAGCAGUGGACUGUUGGAGAUCUGACUUCAUUAAGUCUUCAAUCCAGUGGGUUUGUUGUAAUGGUGAAAAUAUCACCUUUUAAAUAAAAAAAGACAGUAUUUUGUUUCAAGACAUACAAAGGAUGUCAGACCAUGUUUGAAAAGACUUGAUAAUGAUAAAUGACUGAACAUGUUGCAGGUAGCAAUCAUUUCAUUUUCUCUGGACCACACACACACACACACACACACACACACACACACACACACACACACACACAAAGCCUGCAAACAUACACUAGUGCACAAAUGUAUGCAGACAUACACAAAUACACACAAGUAUGAGCAACUAAGUCAGGAUGUACAUGGACACACAUACGCACAUGUGAAAAUACACGUGUACAGAAAUGAGAAGUAUACAUGCUUGCACACGCACAUAGAAAAGUAUGCCUGCAUGCACACACACACACACACACACACACACACACACACACACACACACACACACACACACACACACACAGAAGUAAACACACUCAUGCACACAUUUAGCCUUAUACAUUUUCUGCCUUUCAAAUGAGAUAAACCACUGGGGAAAUUUAAUCUGCAAAAGCAGAAGGAAAAGAGCUCUGAAGCCGCAAAAGGAAAGUAGUUUUAGAAGGAGACUUAUGGUUAGGAUGGUGGAGUUGAUGGAGCAUUGCAUGCCUAGAGAAAAAUCUGAUUUACAGCUGUACUUUGAUACUUAUUCAUUAUUCUUGAAACAAUCAAUGGACAGUCUUACUUACUGCUUCUUGUUGCCAAAGACAUGUUGAUGUAAAGGGUUUUGCAUUUAACUUUUGUUUGCUGUUUGCUUCUUACUAUGUCUAAUUUAAUUUCAUAUUUACAUAAAUAAUCUAAUUUAUGUCUUAAAUUAUACACAAGGAAUAUUAUCUUGCACCCUGCAGGAAAUAUAAUGCCUGAAAUAACGCAAGAUGGUUGAAGCUGGCCAAAAAGAAAAUAAAAUGCAUUAAAUUAAGAUUUUUUUUCUUAUUUAUUAGCUAUUACGUGGAGUUUGGGAUUAUGUUUUUAAAGAUUUAUUUAUAGAUCUUGAAUUUAGAUGUGUGCGUAAACUAUUUCUAUAUAAUCUUUUAAUUGUGAAAUCUUCCACACCUGGCAAAGUUAUGAUUAAUAAGGGCUUCCCCUUAUUUGUACAUACUAUAUAUUUACAACAAUAUAUAGAUAUUGUUAGGUGUGUUAUUUUUCUACUUUUUUUUAUGUAUUUUCUAUAUUUUGUGUAACUUUCCACAAUGAGCAAGAUCUCUAUGAUGCAUCAGUUAAAAGAAACAUAAACAUAAGAGCUGAAUUUGUUGCUCAUGGUAGAACUGAACUACCACUGUGUGCUGAUCUGUUUUGAAAUGAGUGUAUAAGAUACUGUAAAUAGCGAUAAAGCAUUAAAACCUCGUAAAGGUAAACAUGUUGUAAAAGUUGUGGAGUGGAAUCAUGACAAUUUUGGUGCUUUUAAGAGUAAAGAAAUUUCAAAAGCA